GUGAGAUUUGUUUGGCAUGCCAUAAACCCUAAAAAUGCGACAUCAUCUUGGUUUCCGUGUGGGAUCGGUAAAAGAGGAGAGAAUCUUAAAUUCUUUCUUUGGGUCCUCUUUCUUUUUUUAUUAUUUUUAGUCGAUCGAUCUGAUCAUCAUGUUCUAUAUAAAGUGAGAAUAAUAUUGCUGAUCUAACUCUUAACUCAAACUCAAUCUCAAAGUGGGAAGGAAUAUUAUUACAAAGUACUAUAUAUUAUCCUCUUCUCUCCCCCUCUCUAGAUCUGAAGUUUCUCUUUAAUUUCAAACCACAAAAAGCUAGCUUAGUUGUGGCCGAUGAUCAUCAAAGUUGUUUCUUUCCUUCAAAGGAAAAGUUAAAUUUGCUGCUCUCUCCUCUUCAUUCCUACAUCUGUCACAGUUGAGAUAUAAAGGGACUGGAAAUGGGAUAUACCACUUAAAAGAGAGAGAAAAAGUAAUACUACUGUUUGGGAAAGAUCAUAUAUAAGUGUAGUUUCAUUUCAGUACUUUUGAAGAGGACUGUAACAAGUUGUCUGAAUCCAUCCCCAUGGAUAAACUUUUGAAGCCAUAUGACAAAGAGUUCAUGAAGAUGGCCAUAUUAAAGCAUGAAGAAACAUUCAAACAACAGGUGUAUGAACUUCAUCGUCUUUAUCAAAUUCAGAAAGCAUUAAUGAGAGGUGUAAAGUCAUCUAAACCUAAUAAUCCUUUACAAGGGUUUCUCGAUUUAGAGAAGCCUCAAACCAAUGAUGAUGAUGGAGAAGAGGAGAGUGAAAUAGAGCUGACACUUGGUCCGUCGAGUUUCAACAGAUCGACAAAAAGAACAGCAGAUCAGAGAAGAACUCCGACAUCAGAAUCAGGGCCGAGCUUUUCUUCCUCAACUUCCACGACUGGAUCAAGCCAUUUCAAGAGGAAAACGACAUUAACAAGUACUGCAAGGAUACACGACAGAAUAACGAGAAAUCAAGAACUCAGUUUUGAUGUCGAGAAAGAGUUGAAUCAGAGUAAAAUCAAACACAAUCCUCAUUGGCUUUACCAAACUCUAAGUCUGAACAUGACCUGACUAUUAUUAUUAUUAUUAUGAUUUUCUUCUUCUUUUUCUUCUUUAAUUUAUUGGCUAAGUAGAGCUAGAUUUAUUACGUACGAUGAUAUUAAUUAGAUAGCUAGGUUAAUCGUGGUUAGCCCAACUAAUUGUGUUGCUAUUUUAUUGACUUGUGUGAAAUAUCUUCUUGAUUAAUUAAGCUAUAAUCUAAAUGUU